AUGGCAGAUUUCAAUACUUUCAUUAAUCUUAUGAAGCUUGAGGAUGUUCCUGUAUUAGGGUGUAUUCACACAUGGAUAAACUCUAGUGGUUCUGCUAGCAGUCGCUUAGAUAGAUUCCUGAUCUCUGAAGGUCUAAUAUCUGACUGGAAAAUUGUCGCCCAAUGUUCUGGGAGCAGAGACAUAUCUGAUCAUAGGCCGGUUUGGAUUAAGUCAAGUAAUCUAGACUGGGGGCCUAAACCCUUUAAAGUUUUCAAUGCCUGGUUCCAACACAAGGAUUUUCUCGGUUUUGUUAAAACUGCCUGGGAUUCUUUUCAAGUUCGCGGAAAGAAAUAUUUCGUAAUCAGGGAGAAAUUUCGUAUGCUGAAGGAAAAAUUAAUUUGGUGGAACAAGCAUGUAUUUGGAUGGAUAGAUCUAAAAAUUGAUGAUGGUGUUGAAGAGCUUAAUGAGCUAGAAACUGAUUUAGCCAUCGGUGGUGACUCUUUGAACCCGGUAGAGAUGGAGAAACGGAGGGUGGCGGCUGUAGGUAUUUGGCAAAAUUUACACCUCAAGGAAAGUAUGUUGAAACAAAAGUCUAGACAAAAGUGGAUUCAGGAGGGUGACCUCAACACAAAGUUCUUUCAUGCUUCUCUCAAGGCAAGAAACCGCAGGAAUUCAAUGAUCUCUUUGCACACGGGCAGUGGUGUUGUUGAUAAUGUCGAUCAGAUCAAAGAAGUUGUUAGGGAGCAUUUCUGUAAGCGUUUCAGUUCUGUUGGGAGCGACAGACCUCACAUCCUUAAUCUGGGAUUCAACAAGCUCUCCGAAGUCGACUCCUGCAGCUUAGAAGAGCAGUUCUCUAGAGAAGAAAUUAAGGCAGCCAUUUUUGCGUGUGAAGGUGACAAAAGCCCUGGGCCCGACGGUUUCAAUCUCUCGUUUAUCAAGCGCUGUUGGAGCAUUGUUGGAGAAGAUUUUGUGGCCUUCAUUCAAGAGUUCCAUCACCUUGCAAAACUGCCAAAAGCCAUGACCGCUUCCUUCAUUGCGCUUAUUCCAAAGGUGGAUAAUCCACAAAAGAUUGAAGAUUUUCGCCCCAUUUGCCUCAUUGGUUGCUUUUACAAGAUCUAA